ACUGGAUGGCGUAUCGCUGUAGACAGUGAGACGUCGCACCGUGUCGAAAUCAGGCAUCAGCUUACGUUUUGUUAGCCCGUAAUGUCAACUAAAGGGGUGAGGCAACAGAAACAUAAACGGCAAAUAUGUUCUAAUCGCUAGAACAUUCGGUCAACAGCGGUGUGCUUACGAAAAGUUGUAAUGUUAGUGAAAAAAUGGAGGGACCGUUUAAAAUCCUUGUUCACAUGAGAAAACAUUCUACAAAUUGUUAUGGAUCCAUCACUCUACUGUCCCGGGCUGCAGUAUGAACUUCGAGAAUCGUCUUCAAAUCGUUUUUGGUCCGUGCAACCUGCAGAGAGAGGGGGGUGUGCAUGGCAAGGCCCCAUUAGUGCGACUGCCACCGCGAUGAGUACCGUGGGGGCGGGCGUUACGAGCCCAGGACAAGUAGCAGCUCGGACGCCGACGGCCCCCAAACGACCCGUCCGACGUGGUGGCAAGGCGCCCCCAGAUCGUCCGCAACGUGCCCUCUUCUGCCUAUAUCUCAAGAAUCCGCUGAGAAAACUAUGUAUUGACGUCGUUGAAUGGAAGCCCUUCGAAUGGUUGAUUUUACUUACGAUAUUCGCAAAUUGUGUUGCCUUAGCAGUUUAUACACCUUUUCCCAACACCGAUUCUAAUACGACAAACGCAUAUUUGGAAAAAAUCGAAUACCUCUUUCUAGUAAUUUUCACUACGGAAUGUGUAAUGAAGAUCCUUGCAUAUGGUUUCUUAAUGCAUCCAGGGGCGUAUCUUCGGAAUGGUUGGAAUUUACUUGAUUUCACAAUAGUAGUUAUAGGGUUGAUUACUACCGUAUUACAAAAUCUCAGUAAAGAAACUUUCGAUGUUAAAGCUCUUCGAGCUUUCAGAGUUCUCCGACCUUUAAGACUUGUCUCUGGCGUACCAAGUUUACAAGUUGUGUUAAAUUCAAUUCUUCGUGCCAUGGUGCCUUUACUGCAUAUAGCUCUGUUAGUACUAUUUGUUAUUAUUAUUUAUGCAAUCAUUGGGCUGGAAUUAUUCUCAGGAAAAAUGCAUAUGACUUGUGUUGAUAACACGACAGGUAAACAAAUGGAUGAUCCUCACCCCUGCGGUGUUGAUGUGGGAUUCAAUUGUACCCAAAUAAGUAUAAACAUGAAGUGCCAAGAAGGAUGGACUGGUCCAAACGAUGGAAUCACUAACUUUGAUAAUUUUGGUCUCUCCAUGUUAACUGUAUUUCAAUGUAUCACCCUUGAGGGAUGGACUGAUGUACUUUAUAAUAUACAAGAUGCAAUGGGCAGAACAUGGCAGUGGGCGUAUUUCGUAUCCAUGGUCAUAUUAGGAGCAUUUUUUGUGAUGAAUCUAAUUCUCGGAGUCUUGAGCGGUGAGUUUUCAAAGGAAAGAGAAAAGGCAAAAGCUCGAGGUGAUUUCCAUAAGCUUCGAGAAAAGCAGCAGCUCGAGGAAGACCUGAGAGGUUACUUGGAUUGGAUAACACAAGCUGAAGAUAUAGAACCAGAGGGCGAAGACCAUCAAAACCAAGACAAUAGAAACAUAACUCAGAACGAGAUGGAAUCCACCGAUCACAUAGGUGAAGAAGAAGUUCAACAAGAUUCUUGGUUUAAACGAAAGAAAAAAGAUUUCGAACGAGUUAAUAGGAGAAUGAGGAGAUCCUGUAGAAAAGCUGUUAAAUCUCAAUCUUUUUACUGGCUCAUUAUUGUUUUGGUGUUUUUGAAUACCGGUGUUUUAGCUACAGAACAUUAUAAACAACCACGAUGGUUGGACGAUUUUCAAGAAUAUACAAAUAUGUUUUUUAUCGCUCUGUUUACGAUGGAAAUGUUGUUAAAGAUGUAUAGUCUAGGUUUUCAAGGAUACUUCGUAUCGUUAUUUAAUAGAUUUGAUUGUUUUGUCGUAAUUGGCAGUAUCAUGGAAAUGAUUUUGACUAAUACUAAUGUGAUGCCACCGUUGGGAAUAUCUGUGUUACGUUGUGUUAGAUUAUUGAGAGUAUUUAAAGUUACUAAAUAUUGGAGAUCGUUAUCAAAUUUAGUAGCAUCUUUGUUGAAUUCCAUUCAGUCUAUCGCGUCUUUAUUGUUAUUACUUUUUCUGUUUAUUGUUAUUUUUGCACUCCUUGGUAUGCAAGUUUUCGGUGGAAGAUUUAAUAAAGAUACUGAAGAAAAAACGAGAUAUAAUUUUGAUAGUUUCUGGCAAAGCUUACUAACAGUAUUCCAGAUUCUGACGGGUGAAGACUGGAAUGUGGUUAUGUAUGAAGGUAUACAGGCAUAUGGAGGCGUCGAAUCUCCUGGCGUUUUAUCCUGUAUAUACUUCAUAAUUCUAUUUAUUUGUGGUAAUUAUAUUCUAUUGAAUGUGUUUUUGGCUAUUGCCGUGGAUAACUUAGCCGACGCCGAAUCACUCACCGCUAUUGAAAAAGAAGAAGAGGAAGGUGAAAGGAAAUCGAAAAGUCCUACACCACAAGAAGAAGUAGAAGAGGAACAUAGUGUAGAAGAAGAGGAAACAGAUGAUGGGCAAUAUUCUGGAAGAUCCGAACAUGAGGGAGAUGCUGAAUCUCAGACCAAAAUCGGAGAGGAGGGAGAGUUUGAUGAAGAACAAAACGAAGAGGAAGAUGUAGAUAUUGAUGUUGACGAUGAUGAAGCUGAAGUUGUUACAAAAGAAACAGCAAGACCUCGACGAUUGUCUGAGGUCACAAUCGUUAAGAAAAUACGCCCUAUUCCCAAAGGCAGUGCCUUCUUUAUAUUUUCACAUAAAAACAGGUUCCGUGUGUUCUGUCAUUGGCUAUGUAAUCACAGUUACUUUAGCAAUAUGAUUUUGUUGUGUAUUAUGGUAUCUUCAGCAUUGUUAGCGGUUGAGGAUCCUAUUGACACGGAAUCUGAAACCAAUAAGGUGCUGUCAAAAUUUGACGUAUUUUUUACAAUAAUAUUUUCAAUUGAACUGAUGCUCAAAACCACUGCGUAUGGAUGCAUCUUACACGAUGGUGCCUUUUUACGUUCGGCCUUCAAUAUGUUGGACUUACUUGUAGUCUGUGUCUCAUUAGUGUCCAUUUACAAUAGCCAAGGUGCAAUGAACGUGGUAAAGAUUUUAAGAGUUUUGAGAGUUCUACGUCCGUUAAGAGCAAUUAAUAGAGCUAAAGGGUUAAAGUAUGUAGUGAAAUGCGUGAUAGUAGCCAUUAAGACGAUCGGCAAUAUCAUGCUGGUCACCUACCUUCUGCAGUUCAUGUUUGCUGUUAUUGGAGUGCAACUGUUCAAGGGUAAAUUGUCGCACUGUACUGAUCGAUCAAAGAUGACAGCAGAUGAUUGCAAUGGUACCUAUUUAGUAUAUGAAAACGGUAACAUAGAUAGACCGUCGAUGCAGGAAAGAAGUUGGGACCCAAAUAGAUUUCAUUUCGAUAAUGUGUUGAAAGCAAUGUUAACGUUGUUCACUGUAUCAACUUUUGAGGGAUGGCCCGCUUUACUUUAUGUUUCAAUAGACUCAAACGAAGAAAAUAAAGGACCAAUUCACAAUUACCGCCCCAUAGUAGCAGCGUAUUACAUAGUCUACAUUAUUAUUAUUGCGUUUUUUAUGGUUAAUAUAUUUGUCGGUUUCGUUAUUGUUACAUUCCAAAACGAGGGAGAACAAGAAUACAAAAAUUGCGAAUUGGAUAAAAAUCAGCGUAACUGUAUCGAAUUUGCUCUUAAAGCAAAACCUAUUCGUAGAUACAUUCCGAAACAUCGGAUCCAGUAUAAAGUGUGGUGGUUCGUUACGUCGAGACCAUUCGAAUAUGCAAUUUUCACUUUAAUUUUGACUAAUACAAUAACACUAGGUAUGAAAUUUUACCACCAGCCAGAAGAAUACCAAACUUAUGAAAAAGUACUGGAUUAUCUCAACAUGAUAUUCACCGCCGUAUUCGCGAUGGAAUUUGUAUUUAAAUUAGCUGCUUUUCGAGUCAAGAAUUACUUUGGAGAUGCUUGGAAUGUUUUUGAUUUUAUAAUUGUUUUGGGAAGUUUUAUUGAUAUAGUUUAUCAAGACGUAAACCCUGGAGAAAAAUUUCGACUUUCUGGUAACUUUUUUCGUUUGUUCCGUGUUAUGAGACUUAUUAAAUUGUUGAAUCGAGGUGAAGGUAUCCGAACAUUAUUAUGGACAUUUUUAAAAUCUUUUCAAGCGCUUCCUUAUGUCGCUUUACUAAUCGUUAUGUUAUUUUUCAUCUAUGCUGUUAUCGGAAUGCAAAUGUUUGGAAAAAUAGAAAGUAACGAUCUGCAAUCUUCAUCAUCUAUAACUCGAAAUAAUAAUUUCGGAUCAUUUUUUCAAGCUGUACUAGUUUUAUUUCGAUCUGCUACAGGUGAAGCCUGGCAAGAAAUCAUGAUAGACUGUGCUGAUACCCCAGCUGCCAAAUGCCACAGCAACUUGAAAAAAGAUUCACAUACUUGUGGUUCUGUUGUAGCCUAUCCAUUUUUCAUUUCAUUUUAUGUUUUGUGCUCAUUUUUAAUUAUAAAUUUGUUCGUAGCUGUUAUUAUGGAUAAUUUUGAUUAUCUCACAAGAGAUUGGUCUAUCUUAGGACCGCACCAUUUAGAUGAAUUUAUAAGGCUGUGGAGUGAAUAUGAUCCUGAUGCCAAAGGCAGGAUAAAACAUUUAGAUGUCGUUACUCUCCUUAGAAAAAUUUCCCCUCCUUUAGGAUUCGGUAAAUUGUGUCCACAUCGUGUAGCUUGUAAACGUUUAGUAUCCAUGAAUAUGCCUCUAAACAGUGAUGGCACGGUUUUAUUCAAUGCCACAUUAUUCGCCGUCGUUCGAACCUCUUUGCGAAUCAAAACCGACGGCCCUAAUAUAGAUGACUGCAAUGCAGAACUCCGAGCUGUGAUCAAGAAGAUUUGGAAACGAACCAGUCCGAAACUACUAGAUCAAGUGGUUCCUCCUCCUGGGGUUGACGACGAAGUUACUGUAGGAAAGUUCUACGCUACUUUCCUCAUUCAGGAUUACUUCAGGAGGUUUAAAAAGCGAAAAGAACAGGAACUAAAAGAAGGUGAUAAAGAUAUUCAUAACACUGUUACGCUACAAGCUGGCUUACGUACAUUACACGAAGCUGGUCCAGAACUGAAACGUGCCAUCUCGGGUAAUUUAGAUGAACUAGUCGAUGACAAUCCAGAGCCAAUGCAUCGUAGAAACCAUUCCCUAUUUGGAAGUGUAUGGUCUUCGAUGAGACGAGGUCAUACGUUCAAUCGAGCAAAAUCUCUGAAGUUAAACUCAACUCAAAUAAAAAUAACGCCAGCUUCCAGUGUUGAUUUUCUUCCGUAUAACUCUAUUAAAAACGCUGUUACCGAAGGAAUGAAUCACAUCACUUCUAUGACAAAGAACGUACAAAAUAGAGUCAGUAUCAAUUCUCUGAACAAUCAGGAAAAUUACAAGGACGAGGAAAUUCCUUUGAGAUCCCUUAGUAAUGCACAAAACGGAGAUGACAAGAAUUACACAGUGAUCGAUCCGCAGAGUGACAAAACGGCAGCGGCGGAGCUGACGCCCCCGACCCCACCACCGCGCCGUAUUCGUCUUGGACUGGGGGGCGGUUGCAUGCCAGCCUCAGCCACACCUACAUCUACACCUACGCCCUCAUCUGUGCCUGCGCCUACAGUGGCAACGCCUGUGCAACAAGCACCGAGCUUUAAUCGUAUUGCAAGCGGGCUUAAACUCGCUCAAGCGCAAGCUAUGGCAGUCGCAGGUUUUUUGCCAGAGCCUACGCUUGGCGAUUUGCCCCUUCCUCUCGGGAGAUUUCACCCUUCUGCCUCUGAAUUUGAAGGAGAUAGCCGGCAUGCGCCUUGUACUCUCCUGAACCACAGGGCUUCCUUCCAUGGCAGAGUUGGAGUCGGUGAGGCAAAUGGCCACGUAGGCACAGAGCGUCUUAGCCAUUCACUGCCUGGCAGUCCGGCCGACCGCAGACUUGCUUCUUUCGAAGUGGUGGGCUCUGCGGAAAGUUUGGUAGGCCGAAUCCUAGCCGAACAAGGCUUAGGUAAGUACUGUGAUCCGGAUUUCGUGCGGUACACCUCGAAGGAGAUGCAAGAGGCAAUGGACAUGACUCAAGAGGAAAUGGACCGUGCAGCACACCAAAUUCUUCAACAGGAGAAACUUAUACAUCAUCCUUUACAGCAGCCACAUUCAUAGCAACACAUAUGCGAGUGUAUCAAGUACACCCCACCACUCUAUCAAGUGCCUAAACUCAUUUCUUCUGGUCCAAGGAAGACUUUAUAUUAAUAAGGUGUAGUUUUUUAACCUGGAUUUUACUGAUGGAAAGGAUUGUUUCUCCAGUUGUAUGUAAUACAUGUACAGGGUGUGAAAGUAUGAGUAUGGACUCUCAUUAUAAUUUACCAUUUUCUAAUAUCAAAUGUGUCAAAAUAAUAAUAACAAUAAAUCUUACUUUUCAUUUAAA